CUAGCGUGCGUAAGAUGCGAGACUGUCCUGUAUUACGCGGGCUCUAUAAAUAGAUGGAACGGGCAAGUUGAAUAGACAGUCUGUGGUGUAAUCUCGCUGCCGUUCCUCCGGAGACUACAAUCUCGAGAUUACAAAAUGCCUAUCGAUCUUUACCAACUUGACGGAAGCGCGCCGUGUCGUGCCGUGCGUUUGGCAGCUGCAGCGAUAGGAGUGAAUCUAAACUUGAAAAUCACAGAUCUUAUGACAGGUGAUCAUAUGACCCCCGAAUUUCUUAAGAUGAAUCCACAACAUACAAUACCUACAUUAGAUGACAAUGGUCUUUAUUUGUGGGAAAGCCGUGCAAUCAUGACGUAUCUGGCCAAUCAGUACGGCAAAGAUGAUUCUCUCUAUCCGAAAGAUCCGAAGAAACGAGCUUUGGUCGAUCAGAGGCUGUAUUUUGAUCUGGGAACUCUGUACUCGUCGUUUGCCGAUGCUUACUAUGCGUGGCUGUUUACCGGCACUGCUCCGGAUGAAGCGAAACAAAAUAAGGUAAACAACGCGUUGUCCUUCCUGGAUAAAUUUCUAGAAGGUGAAAACUACGUGGCGGGGAAAACUUUAACUCUCGCCGAUCUUACUUUAGUUGUUACAGUUGCUAACUUUAAGAUUGUGGAUCAUGAUUUGAGUAAGUACGGUAACAUUUUGAAGUGGUUUGCCAGGAUUCAGGCCGAAGCUCCUAAAUAUAAUGAGAUCGAGGGCGAGGGCAUAAAAGCAUUUAAAAAAUUUGUCGAUAAUAUAAAAAACAAGAAAUACGCGUUGGAAGCGAUAGUCGAUCGGCAGGCAUGUACGACGGAUUACUUGUGUACAUUUCUUAGCAACGAAGGAAUUUUGAAUAAAGUAAGGCCAAAUAUGCCUGUGCAACUGUAUUAUUUGCCUCCGAGUCCACCAUGCCGAUCCGUAAUGCUCACAGUAGAAGCGAUUGGGCUCGAAGUGGAACUGAUAAUGCUGAACGUACUGGCUGGUGAACAUUUAACGCCGGAAUAUGAGCAGUUGAAUCCACAAAAGACGAUUCCCUUUCUAGUCGAUGAUGAUGUCAAGGUAUCAGAAAGUCGAGCUAUUAUGUGUUAUCUCGUUGAUCAGUACGGCGAGAAUGAUACAUUAUAUCCGCGAAAUCCAGAGGCACGUGCUCUAGUUGAUCAACGAUUAUACUUUGAUCUUGGCACGCUCUACGCGAGCGUGUUCGAUUAUUACAUGCCCGUGUUGAAAAAGCAGACCGAUACAUACGACCCGGCGCAAUAUGAAAAAAUGACGGAGGCCUUUCGAAUCUUAGACAAGUUUCUCGAAGGACAUGAUUACGUGACUGGAGAUAAUUUGACGAUCGCCGAUCUUUCUUUGGUUUCAUCUGUUACCACAGCAGAGGCUUUUGGAUUCCACUUAGACGAUUAUGAAAAUGUUUCUAAUUGGUUGGAAAAAGUUGAAACAUUUGCACCUGGAUAUGAGAAGGCUAACGGCGAGCCACUCGAAAUAUUUAAAAAAUUUAUAGAAGAUUUACGAGGUGAAAAAGAAGAUGAAGAAAAGAAGAAGAAGAAGAAGAAGAAAAAGAAGAAGGAGAAGGAGAAGAAAAGAAGAAGGAGAAGGAGAAGAAAAAGAAGAAGGAGAAGGAGAAGAAAAGAAGAAGGAGAAGGAGAAGAAAAAGAAGAAGGAGAAGAAGAAGAAAAGAAAGACGUGGAAGAAGAAAAGGAAGAAGCGGAAGAAGAAAAUGAAUAAUAUAUUAUAUUAAAAAUAUUAUUAUUUAAAAUUAUUAUUUGCAAAUGCAAGGAACUUCAAUGAUGCUCCCAGUUAAAUUUCAAUUAUAUAAUCAUUGUAGAGAAAAGUAAUCUCUGUUAUAUAAAAAAAAAGAAAACUAUUUAAGCUUAUUAAGUCUGGGAUAAUCAUAUUGUUUUUAAAAUAUUUCUUUCAAAUCUCUGUAUUGUUUAGGUAUAUUUUAUAAAUACAAAAUAUAAUACGAAUAAGAGGAAAUAAAAAGAAAACGCAGCAC